CUGGGGACUCAUUCGUGUUCGUACCGUCGUCGAGUGGCCAACGUUUUUGCGGUGAAAAAAAACCCCUCAACGGAAAACCCAAGAAUAACCAAAGGAGAAGCAAUAUCCAUAGCAGGCAGCAGAGUCCACCAAGCAGCAGCAGCAGCAGUGUGCAAAACUCAAUACAAAUUGAAAAAGCAAAAAUCUCAUCCAAUUUUUGGGCCUAUGACAAUAAUACAAACGCACUUUCUACGCUACGCAUUAUCCAGGUGCGUGUGCGUAUAGAGAGUGAGUGAGAUAGUGAGAGAGAGAGAUAGAGAGAGCAGAGGGAGAGCGAGAGAGAUAUAUAGAGAUAGAGCGGAAACGGAAGCGAACUGAAAGCGCGUGUGAUUCCCUGUGUGUCCCCCUGGUUGUUGCUCCCAAAACAAAAGAAAAAAAAAAAAACCAAAAGCAAGCAAAUAAAAUAAGUAAACUUAAAAUUUAAGAAGGAAAAAGAAGAAUAUACCAUAAGCCUACGUGCGCGUGUUGAAUUUAAUUUCGUAUUUUCUGGUACAACAUCAAAAGCAUUUCCCUAUGAUUGGCUCAUUCUGGAAUCUGUGCAGAGCGUGCCCAUCAAUGCCGGUAGACAAGCUCCACUCGGAGUAUAGGAGCACUUAUCGUUGGCAUGAAUUUACGGGCAACUCGCGGCCAGAGGUUGUGCGACGGGCGCCAGCCCCAAAUCAAAGUCAAUUUGAUGGUCCGACAAAUGAGCCGUCAAUGCCGCGUCGGAAAAAAUGUCCAGAAUUAGCAUAUAAAUCGCAUGAGUUUAUUAUAGGUUCGGAAUAUACAGAUGCACGACGAGAUGCCAGUGCACAUCGUCUGGCGAGGUCGGAAGAGCGCGGUGGGACACCUUCGCGUCGCAGCAAAUCGGAGGGACCACCCGUUGUGCCCAAUGGACGUGCCUAUCCCGCUGCAACGGAGAUCGAUGGAGCCACAAGAAAACAGGCGGCUACUCUACAUGAGUUGGAGCCGUUGGUUAGCGAUACGGAUGAUAGAAAAACGCACGAGAAACAAGUGACCAUCGUGGAGCGGAAGUCACGUCCAUUUUCGCAGGCCAUCGAUCACGAGCGUGUGAAUCAUUUUAUUACGAAAAAGGAGAACUUUGGCUUUACCGAUGCCGCUUUCAAGGAUGAGGUGGACAAUAAGCAUGGACAUUCAGCCGAUUCCGGCCAUGUGGUGGUCAUGAAUGGCACCGAUCCGCCGCACUCUAAACCGAAUUUAGAUUUGUGGUUCAAGGAUAUGGUUGAACUACGCAAAAAGGCUGGGGAAUAUAAGAGCCGUGGUUGGGGCAGGGAGAUUGAUCCGGAUUUGUACAAGAAGCAAAAGGAUCUGUGGGAUCAGGUUUCAAGGCGCAGCUCCCUUUCAGCAUUAUCUUUAGCUUCGACUGUGCAUAGACCCAUUACAAAGGAGGAGAAGGAACAGGAAAAUAAUAAGAAAUCAGCACCAUUGCCGAAGACACCACUUAAGCCCCGAGUUCCUGGUCAAGCCUAUUUGGUUGAUAAUAAAGAUGAGAUUUCAGCACUGCCAGCACGUUUUAGCAAUAUACGCCAUCAUUUAGAACGCACCACGGGUCCGGACGUGGAAGAGGGCGCCUUGCUGCCUUCGCCCACCCGCGAGAAACUGAUGCCAGCCAUAACCAAGAGGGAAUCGGAAUCACAGAGAGGUAGCCCAAAAAAGACGGCACUCUCCAGGCAUGGAUCGCCCCAGAAGGGCAGUCCCCAAAAAGGCAGUCCCAAGAAGGUUCUGAAAUCACGCUCCCAGUCGGUCGGUCCGGGCGUCGCUGAGAAUGAAUCCCCAAAGCGACAGAUACGGUCGGCCUCACAGGCCCCCACGGCGAGCCGCAAAAAGACACCAACUUCAGCCACGACAGCGGCCGGAAGCGAGCGUAAGACACGCCCAUCCACCCUAUCCACAACAUUCCAAUCCCGCAUUAAAAGUAGUUCCCUGCCACCGCCUAAUGGUAGAGUAGCCUCUGCGCCGACAGCAACUGCAACUGCAACAGCAAACCGAGCAGCAUCUGCAACAAAAUCAACUUUAAAUGCUAAUCAGCCUCAUGCCAAUCAAUCACAAACAUCAAAACCAAAGACAGCCCAUGGACCCAGCAGAACCAACAAAAUUCUGAAAUCAUCUGCGACAUCUGCAACAGCGGGACAUCAACAGCAGCAGAAACAACAGCAACAACAGCAAAUGCGUAAGACAGACAAAGAUAGAUCGAAUAUUAGUUGCAUUGGUUUUGGUAGUACUGUUGGUGCUGGUAGCGGUAGUCAGACGAAUAGUGUCAAAAAUCAGCAGAACAAACAAAAGCAACAGCAACUACAGCAGCAAGAAAAGCAACAAAAGAUUGAUGCAACAUCAGACAAAACACAAGCAGCAACAUCAACAACAGUAGCAGCAGCCACAGCCGCCACGGCAGGCACAUCUCAACCAGUAGUUCAAUCAACAGCUCAAUCAGCAUCUCCUCAAUCAGCAACAUCCUCGUCUCAAAAUCCCAUCCGGCCUGCAACCAUCAACAUCAAACGGCUCACGGUACCAGGUCAGGAUAGAAAAUUGGCUGAAAACGAUGGCGAGGAUGGUCGUGAGACUGCAAUUUCAAUUUCCAGCUGCAGUCCACAGCCGCCAUUGGUACCCGAAGUGCCCGAGGAGCCAUUGGUGAAGUCACCACCGGAACCCACUCGGGUAAAGUCGCCGGAGCAGAUUAUAAUGCGUUCGCCCGAUCCAGUCAACUGGACUGUGCCCCUGGAUACGGGCAAGACCUUUACGGUUACCCAGAAUGUUAAAGAUGGAGAGAACUAUAGCCGACCUCAGAGCGAGAUAAAAGCAUCGACACCGGUGGAGAAACCACCACCGCCACCACAAUCGGCACCGCCACAACUAACCGAACAGGCUAAAAUGGACGCCUGGAAGUCGUCCAGUCCUACGACCAGUGGAGGUGCUGUCUAUGGCAAAACCUUGACGCCCCAUGUAGCUCCAGGCGGAGCUGUGCGCCAGCAGCAGCCGGUGGAUCAGCCGCAGGAUCAGGUUAUGUCAUCGUCCUCGUCAACGGGCACUGCAUCGACGGCUCGCACCACAGCCGCCGAGGUGCUGGAGAAGGCACGCGACCGUUUCGAUCGAUUCUGGGGCAGCAGCGCCAGCAAGGAGGAGAGUGUCUAGGCGACAGCAGACGAGAGGACACUCGCCUGAAAAGCAUAAAAAUGCAAGCAAUUAUAAUACGUAAUACAGCCUACAAAACAAAACAAAAAUGACAUUAUGCAAUACCUAAACAUAUAUGAAUAAUACUCUCUCUAAUACCCAAAAGCUAUGCGAAAUCCCCACUUUGACUAUGCUUGAACUUUUGAUUUCAUAGCAAUAUCAUGAAGCUGCAUGAACACCUAUUAAAAAUAAUUUCUAUAAAACACUUUCACUGCCUUUCCCCACAAAGCAAAACAAAAAAGAAAAAGAAUAAACAUCAUACUGUUGUUUUGCAUUCAAAAAAAACCAAGAGAACUUUGCAAUAUUUCGAAAACAUCAUGCAAUCAUAAAAAUAAAAAUAAAUAUAGAAAAUGGGACAAACAUCACCGCAAAGACCCGUCCAAAAAGUGAGGCCAUAUUCGAAACAGGAAUACGAAAUAUAUCUCACAUUUUUGUAACUUUCAUUAAUCGAGCAAAAACCAAGCCGUAUAUUUGGGUAAUGCAUAAAAGGUGAUCUACGCUGAUCCGUCAAAAACCAAAAUAUAAAGUUGAUAAUAGAUUUUGCACAUGAAUUACAAAAGGAAAACAAAAAUACAAAAGAUGAUAUUAACAAUAAAUUAAGAUACAUUUUUGGCUAAAAGAAAACAUGAAAAUAAAUGGCAAAUGAUGAUUAGAAAAAGAUGAAAACACACACAUAGGAAACAUACUAAAAUACUACAACACACAAGGAAAAAUGAUGGAUGAAAUGAAGGAAAAUGCUUUGGAAAGCUGUGAAACUAGUUUGAGACAUACGUACAUUUCUUAUAUAACUAUAACUAUAUGUAUGUCUGAAUAGUCGACAAAUAUGAAAGAUAGAGAAACCUUAUCAAAUUCAUUCGGAUUUUGAUUACAAGUUAAGCGCUAAUUGAUUGAAAACAAAUGCUUCCCAAAGGGCCAUAGCUUUGAGAAAUGAAAUCAUGAUUAAUGUAUGGGAAUUUUGUUAGAUUUCGUUUCCUCAUGUGUAUCUGCGAGACACGACACCACUUUCCUUCGCGAAACUGGAAAUGCUUAAAUGUUAUACAUCUUAAAAAAAAACACAAAAAGAAACGGUAUACCCUUGUAAGCUGAAGUUAAAAUUUCAUUACCCAUAAGUUGUGUGAUUAACUUCAGUAUUGAGCUUAAUUGUUGCUUGUCUAUAUAUUUUUUAAUACGAAGAACAUAGUAAUAAAAAACUAAAAUCACAAAAAAAAAA